CCUUCCCAUCAGAGGCCCCGCCCCCCGCGCCCGGGAUGCUGGGCCCCCGCGGCGUGACGCGAGCACGGCAGCUCCGCCCCCUGCGUCUCUGGCCUCGCCGGCCUUGGGGGGAUGGUUCCAUCAUGGCGUCGAUGCAGAAACGACUACAGAAAGAACUGUUGGCUUUGCAAAAUGACCCACCUCCCGGAAUGACUUUAAAUGAAAAGAGUGUUCAAAAUUCAAUUACACAGUGGAUUGUAGACAUGGAAGGUGCACCAGGUACCUUAUAUGAAGGGGAAAAAUUUCAACUUCUAUUUAAGUUUAGUAGUCGAUAUCCUUUUGACUCUCCUCAGGUCAUGUUUACUGGUGAAAAUAUUCCCGUUCAUCCUCAUGUUUAUAGCAAUGGUCAUAUCUGUUUAUCCAUUCUAACAGAAGACUGGUCCCCAGCGCUCUCAGUCCAGUCAGUUUGUCUUAGCAUUAUUAGCAUGCUUUCCAGCUGCAAAGAAAAGAGACGACCACCAGAUAAUUCUUUUUAUGUUCGAACAUGUAACAAGAAUCCAAAGAAAACAAAAUGGUGGUAUCAUGAUGAUACUUGUUGAUGCCACUGUUAUCAUCCUCCUAGCAGAAGAUAGUCCUACUGAGAAAAUGAGCACUUUGAUCAUUCAGUCUUUGAACUUUAACCUUUGACUGGAAGUGACCUAUAGGCAAUGAAGACUACUUCCUUUUACUGCAUUUUUACUCGUGUGCAUUCUGGGCGCAUGUUGAUCGCUGGUUCAGUCCAGGCAACUGACAUGCUUUUAUUAGUCAUACAGUAUUAAUGCAGGUGUCAGGAAAUGUCAAAUAUAAUUCCAUUUUUUAUUUUUAUUUUUUUAAGCUUUUGGAAAAGUUCCAGGUCCUCAUGUAUUGUGCAAUAACAAUGACUUCCUUGGCGGUUUUGGGACGUUCAUUGCCGGCAAUGGACGUUGUAAAAGGAAAAAUUUUCAUUAACUCCUGCCACCCAAUGAUUAAUGCAUGAUAGGGCCUAUGAAAUGAACUUAUCGGUUUGAGUGGGAUUAUAAAUAAAGUGAGGGAUUUCAACAUUACUUUGAAAGUCACCCCAACUGUUUAUAUUUGGAUUCUAUGCACUGUGAACCUAAGGUUAACAGCAUGAAUUAACAUGCGUCUUUAAAGGACUGUAAUGAAAGAUCCUUGCGUAUUUAUUGAAUUGUUUAUAUCUGCUGUCAAGUUGUUUUGACAUGGACAGUUUUCAAGUAAUAUUGGCAGAGAGGUACAAUAUGUUAUCCCUAUGGUGAAAAUAAAUUCAUUUGUUGUAUAUAGUUCCUUAAUCUCUGAAGUAAAGGUAUGAGUAAUAUAGGGUUUGAAUGGUUUAAUCAAGGCUUUAUUUUGGAAGUAAGAAGAAUGGCAGUGAUGAUUAAACUGCUGCAGUCCCUCAUUUGGGCUUGUUAUUUGUACAUUAACGAUUUUUUCCAAGUAGAUUACACUCUGUUACUUCCUGCUAGCCAUCAGCAUGAGCCCUACUGCCUAAACACUAUUUCGUUUAUUUAUGUUUGGAAAAUCCAUAAACAUUUUUGUUUGCAAUUUUAUUUCUUUUGUUAUGUUUUAAGUCAAGUUUGAAUGUUAUAAUACUUUAAUUGAAAAACUUUUGUCAAGUUUUUUCUUGUAAAUUUUCUUUAUUUGUAAGUAUCAUCUUGUCCUUCAAUCCUGUACCCUAAAAUAAGAAAUACAUUUUUGACAGAGGCUUAAUGUUUUAACAAAAGAGUGUGGACAUUUUUAUUUUAAAAUUUAGGCAGAAGUACACUGUAGAAUGGUAUGUUUGCUUAUUUGUCUCACACAACCAUACUUACUUUUUUUUUCUGGAGGGAUUUGUUUUGUUUUGCUUUGUUUUAUUUAAGAGUUUGCUUACAGCUAGAUAAAAAUUUUCUAUAGAAAAAAAUGCUGAAAGGUCCAAUUCUCAGUACCAUGUAAGUUAAUAAUACUGCAACUCGGUUCUCUUUUUAAAAGGCGAUUAAUGUAUUUUAUAAAUUACCUUUUCACAUAUGCAAAGUCUGUUUCUACUACAAUGUUAUUUUUACUAAUGCCUGUUGUUGCACUCUUUUUGACAUAUCCUACAGUGAAUAUAUGAAGCAAUUUGGGCUUAAAAGUAAAAGCCAGUUGGCUAAAAGGUUUGAAAUAUGUACCCCAGCAAAACCAUCCAAUCGGUAAUUGGCAGAGAAUAUUUUAAAAAUUGUUUUUAAUCUCUGUAUAGAUGACAUUUUGUAGCUUUGUACAUGUUGUUAAUUAAGGGCAUAUAAUUUUACACUCAAAGUAUAACUGCUGAACUCAGGGGUGGGUAGACUUCAAAAAUAUGUCUGCUGUAGAAAUAACUUGAAAAAAAUCUUAAACUGUGGCCAGCCACCAAAUUGUGGACACUGUUUAUACUGCUAGUUAGCAGCUACCACUGUUUAAAAUCAAAAGCAUUUUGUUCUAUCUUGACUAGACAUACAUGGGUUCUCAUCUCUCUCAGUCUUAUUAGUUGGCCAAUUUAACCAAGACAGAAAAUGUUUUUUGGAGUGCUUUAAACUACUUAUAGUUUUUAACUGCUUUUUAAUAUGAAAACUGCAGCUAUAAAUUAUGUAUUUUUCAUAUUUUACAUAACUGCUCUAAACUACUGAUUGACUUGAUCAUUUUCUGGGGUGGGAGUGGGGCAUCUCCCCCCAUACUGCUGGUCCUGUUACUAAAAUCCUUUUAUAAAGAAAUGACCUGUGACAUUUAUUCACCAAAGGAAAUAAUAUACCAGGUCAAAGAUUAACAAUGCUAUAGUAUAGAUUAAUAGAUCAUAUAUAGCCUCAAUGAAUUUUUUAAUAUGAAUAAUAGUAUUUUAACAUACCUCUCUCUACAUAGAGAUACCAUACAAUAAAUUAAAAUGACGCAGAGGAAAGUAAAGGAAAACCAAAUAAUUUUGGUACAUUUUAUGGUUAAAGGAGAAGAAAAUGGGAUGAAAUAUCCUAAAAUAUAGAAGCACCAACCAUUCAGAAUUUGCAAUCAGAUAACACCUUAUGUGUUACUUCCUUGAACUUAGGAGUCAUUGAAAAUGCCUGUGCACUUAGAUUUAAUUAAGUUAAUUUUAAAUGUAAGUUACAUUAUUAAAAGACAUAAGAUGUUUACCUGAGUCAUUGCUCUAGUGAGGGCAGUUAAUGGCUUUGUAAUAAUAAAAAGACUAUUUCUCUGUAGCAUGUUGUUGAAUGACAACCAGAGUAGCAAGAAAGUGUACAUAGGAACAUGCUACUUCCCUCUUCCCUGCAGUCCCUCCAUGGGUCCCUGUCUGCCACAUAGGCCUACAGAAUUAUACCUUCGUAUUUAGACAAUAUGUAUUCUUUUCUUUUUUAUUUAUUUAUUUAUUUAUUUUAAGGCCAUUCUUCUGGUUUGCCAAAUUCUGUACAAGCAGCGAUACAUUCAGUUCCUUAUUUUGCAUGCUUAUUAGAUCAUGAACUUGCUGCCCUUUCAAAAAAAAAUUAUGUCAAGUAGUAAUUAAUGCCAUAGAUUUUAAAGAGAGAAAUGGUUUUCAGUUUUUUUAAGGUAAAUUUUUAAAAAUAAAUUUUAUGGCUGUUAAGAUCUUAAGGAAUUUAAUAUUCAUCUCUAAAGGGACUUACUUGUAAUAUACAAAUUCCUCCUUUUUAGCUAGCAGGGAAAUGAGGCUUUUUUAAAUCCCCAGAAGAAAAUGGUAAAAAUAGCUUUUAUAUACAGUUCAUCUGGAGAAAGAUCUUAAUUCUUAUUGUUUUGACUAGGUAUAUAAAUUAAAUUUUUGGUAUAAAGUAACUAGGAUAGUUUAUUAUUUUUCCCUUCUGAAACUUUAACUAUUUGCAAAAAUAUAUGUCAUUAGAUUCCCAUGGUGGAUAAUAACUUCUUCAGAUUCUAAAACAGAUAUCUAGUGACUGCUUAAUUGUUCCCAGAUUGCAUCAAGUGAAUUGACAAAUAAUGGAUAUGAGUAAUGAUACGAAAAUGGUAUGUAACCACAUAUUACUUGUUUUUGGUAAUCAAGUCUUAUUUUUUUAAAAGCCUAUUGUUUUUGAGAAUUGAGAUAUUUAAAACUUGUUAAAGCUUCUUCCUAAAAAUAGAAGAGGAGGUCCUGUGUGUUUAAAAAAAUUUUUUUUUAAAUAAAGAAUUCAGUGUCACUAGUUCUAAGCCUUUAUGGUUACUUUGCUGCUUAUAUUUCUUGAUCUCACUUUUAUUUAGUUUUUUUUGUACAUAUUUUAGCUAAAUACUUAAGAUUUCUAAUUGUGUAUAUAAGUUGAUUUUCAAAAAGAUCUGAGGAGUCAUUGCUGUCAGAAUCAGCUACAGCACUGUUCUGUUACGCUAAUGCCUUUGCUUGAUUAAGAUCUGUGAGGAAGGUGUCUUUUAAUCUGUGCCAACUGGCCCUAAUCCUCUUUGCAGUCUUUUGUUUGUUUUUGUUUUUUUCUCUCCCUUAUUUUUCUUCCUUCCUGUCUCCUCACAGAUACCCAGUAUGUCAAUCUUCUGACUCACGGGUUUUUCUCCCCUCUUCCCUUUCUUCCCUUUCCCAUCCCUUUCUCUUUCUUGAGUUUAGGGAAUCCAGAGAAGGAUUAUUAAAAUUAUGUCAGAAAAAUUUUUUAAAUAAAAAGAUUCCAUCCUACAAAUAAAGAAUUUCUGAUACCUAAUUUAGUCCAUCAGUAAAUGGCUAAAUUUGUUGAAUAAUUGACUACUUGAUAAAUAAGCUGUUGUUAGCUGUAAUUUAGUUCUUAAAAUACUGAUAUUGAGAGGAUUUUGUUUACUUUUAGGCCUUUUGUUACUUCUGUGACUCUCCCAAGCCUAAUUAUUGCCCAGAUGAAUUCAAUUACUUGUUUUGGUGAAAGUGGAGUUUUUUGUUUGUUUUUUUUUUUUUUCCAUGUAAGUUUCUAAGCUAGUUUGAGAUUUGGAACUAUUUUUUUUUAAUAAUAAUUUGUGGGAGACUU